CAUGCGCAGAGGCCGCGUCACCCGCUGCUGCUCCCUGGCGCUGCGGGCCCGGGCGGAGCAGGCGGGUCUGUGCCGGGGGGACCCGUUAACCCCUUCGUGCCCGGCCCGCUGCGGAGCCGCAGCCUCCAGGCUACAGAAUAACGUCCACGUUUUGCUCCAGAUCAUCCCAUCCUCCCAGGGGGAAGGCAAUGGGUGCAAUGGAGCUGGCUCAGGCUGCAGAAUAAUGUCCAUGUUUCGCUCCACUUCAUCCCAUCCUCUCGUUGGACAGGGGAGAGAAAUGGCUGCAGAGGAGCCAGUUCAGGGGACGGUGACCUUUGAGGAGGUGGCUGUGUAUUUCACCAGGGAAGAGGGGGCUCUGCUGGACCCCACUCAGAGAGCCCUCUACAGGGAUGUCAUGCAGGAGAACUAUGAGAAUGUGACCUCGCUGGGGUUUCCAGUUUCCAAACCUGAUGUGGUCUCCCAGCUGGAACAAGGAGAAGAGCCAUGGGUCUCAGACCUGCAGGGUUCAGAGGGAAAACAGACCCUGAGAUCUCCCUGCAAAGCAGGUGAUGUAAUGGCAUGUGAGAAAGAGGAGCAGAAUUCUCAGCAGAAAAAUGUUCAGCAACUGGAUAAACACAGAGCAUUAUUGCAAAGAUCAAAAAGCAAUGUGUCCAGGAGUCAUGAGGAGGAAAAAUCCUGUGAGAUUCAGCACAGACCAGAAAGAGAGCAAGGAAACCAACCAGGGGAGAAAUUGGGUAAACAUAUUUCCUCUCAGGGAACUCAGAAGGACCUCAAGGAAACCACAACAAAGCAGGAAAUCAUCAUUGGAAAGAGAAAAAAUACAUGCACAGAGUGUGGAAAAAACAUAUGUGACUACUCAGCCCUUCUUAAUCAUCAGAGAAUCCAGACAGGCGACUGGCCCUAUGAAUGCUGUGAGUGUGGGAAAAACUUCACUCACAGAUCAUCCCUUUCUGUUCAUCGGAGAAUCCACACAGGGGACAGGCCCUAUGAAUGCCGUGAGUGUGGGAAAAUUUUCACUUACAGAUCAGGCCUUUCUAGACAUCAGAGAAUCCACACAGGAGAGAGACCCUACAAAUGCAGUGCGUGUGGGAAAAGCUUCAUUGAAAGUUCAGCCCUUUCUCAGCAUCAGAGAAUCCACACAGGGGACAGGCCCUAUGAAUGCCUUGAGUGUGGGAAAACCUUCACUCACAGAUCAGCCUUUUCUGUUCAUCAGAGAAUCCACACAGGGGACAGGCCCUACGAAUGCAAUGAGUGUGGGAAAAACUUCACUCACAGCUCAGCCCUUUCUCAACAUCAGAGAAUCCACACAGGGGACAGGCCCUAUGAAUGCCGUGAGUGUGGGAAAACCUUCAAUAGCAGCUCAGCCCUUUCUAAACAUCAGAGAAUCCACACAGGGGAAAGGCCCUAUGAAUGCCAUGAGUGUGGGAAAACCUUUACUCACAGAUCAGCCCUUUUUGUUCAUCAGAGAAUCCACACAGGGGACAGGCCCUACGAAUGCUGUGAGUGUGCAAAAAACUUCACUAGCAGCUCAGACCUUUCAAAACAUCAGAGGAUCCACACGGGGGAAAGGCCUUAUGAAUGCAAUGAGUGUGGGAAAAACUUCACUAACAGCUCAGCCCUUUCUCAACAUCAGAGAAUCCACACAGGGGACAGACCCUAUGAAUGCCGUGAGUGUGGGAAAAGCUUCACUCAAAUAUCAGCCCUUUCUCAACAUCAGAGAAUCCACACAGGGGACAGGCCCUAUGAAUGCCAUGAGUGUGGGAAAACCUUCACUAGCAGCUCAGCCCUUUCUAAACAUCAGAGAAUCCACACAGGGGACAGGCCCUAUGAAUGCCGUGAAUGUGGGAAAAUUUUCACUUACAGAUCAAGCCUUUCUAGACAUCAGACAAUCCACACAGGGGAGAGGCCCUACAAAUGCAGUGAGUGUGGGAAAACCUUCACUAGCAGCUCAGACCUUUCUCAACAUCAGAGAAUCCACACGGGGGAAAGGCCCUAUGAAUGCCGUGAGUGUGGGAAAACCUUCACUCACAGAUCAGCCCUUUCUAAACAUCAGAGAAUCCACACGGGGGAAAGGCCCUAUCAAUGCCGUGAGUGUGGGAAAACCUUCACUCACAGAUCAUACCUUUCUAAACAUCAGAGAAUCCACACAGGGUAAAGGCCCUAUGAAUGCAGUGAGUGUGGGAAAAGCUUCAUUGAAAGUUAAGCCCUUUCUGUUCAUCAGAGAAUCCACACAGGGGACAGGCCCUACG